AUCUGAGCGAUCGGACUAGGCUGAAGCCUGAAGUGCUCGUCCCCUCUUAUAUCUAAUCAGCUGAUUUCUCCCGCUUAGAAUUCCAUCCUUAUAAUUCGUUGGUCCAUGAUGAGCGAUGCAUAUACCGCUACCGGCGUUUGCGUACGCAGUUAAAAGGCGCCAGCUCGAUUUCCGCUUACGAGCGGUGUGACGCAUUCGUGCAAUACCGGUGGAAGUCGAAGGUCCAUAAUAGUCGCUAUUAAUUAUUCAUACGUUGUUGAUUCCACUGAUUAUUAUUAUUCUUUGAUUUGUUUUUACACAUUACACGGUACUCGCCGUCAUAAAAACAGUCUAUCGUGAGUGUUCGGAGUUUCAAGUGUUCGUCUGGGACGUGCAGUAUCUCACCGAUGUGAAUCUUUCGAGUGGAUUUCUCGUUUUUUUUUUUUUGUUGAAUCUCAUUUUUCCGGUCGCGUUAAGGAAUAUACGAGUGUGUUCCACGUAUAUCUGACCAUGUCGUCCGUCGCGCGAAACAGAUUCUUGUCGGUGUUCGGUGUUGCACGGCGCCUCACCACCGGUGACCACGCGCACGUCGGAUGGACGGGUGUACAGCGCGCGUGCUCCACUAUGUAUGAUAGAAAUCUGAUGUGUUGGAGGAUAUCGAAUUGUAACGUGAGAAUGGCUCAUUCCGUGACACCGCCUGCAUGGGUAACAAGCAAGGAUGAAAGUCGUGAGAUGAUGGCUGUGUGGCCAGACAUUGUUCGAGAUCUUACGGAACCAGCCAGGAAUUCGGACAUUUCAAAUCUUGCUAAAUGGCUGACAAAAGUAUUACAGUACAAUGUUCCAGGAGGAAAAAAAACUCGCGGUUUAUCAUUAGUGUACGCCUAUAAAAUGUUGGCACCUAGCGAUCAACUCACAGAAGAAAACAUUCGUCUAGCACGAAUCUUAGGAUGGUGUGUGGAACUGCUACAAUCUUUUUUCCUCGUGCUCGACGAUAUUCAAGACCGAUCGUUACUUCGCCGAAACCAACCGUGUUGGUAUUUGCACAAUGAUUUAGGUUUGGCAGCAAUCAACGAUGCCGUGUUAAUAGAGAAAUCGAUGUAUUAUUUACUUCAAAAACACUUCAAAGGGAGAGAGUGUUAUAUUGAUCUGCUAGAAACAUUUCAGGAUAUGGGAUUGAAGACUAUAAUGGGCCAGGCUUUAGAUUUACUUUCCACCAAUUUCGGCAAAAAGCUGAAUCUGGAUCUAUUUACGAUGGAUCGAUAUAAUUCUAUUGUUAAAUACAAAACGGCAUACUACUCGUUCAUCUUGCCAGUAACCGCGGCAAUGCAUUUGGCUAGGAUAAAGGACCCGGAGAUGUUUAGGCAAACCAGAACGAUUCUGUUAGAAAUGGGACACUUUUUCCAAGUCCAAGACGAUUAUUUAGGUUGUUACGGGAAUUCUGAAGUAAUUGGUAAGGAUAGUACCGAUAUAGAAGAGGGAAAAUGUACGUGGCUGGUUGUCGUGGCUCUUCAACGUGUCACACCAGAGCAGCGCAAAAUUUUAGAUGAAUGUUAUGGUUCCUCAGAUAAGGAAAAAGUGAGACGUGUGAUGCAACUUUACAAUGAUUUGGGUUUGCCAAACACUUAUUCCAUAUACGAAGAAGAGACAUAUAAUUUACUUAACACCCAUAUACAGCAAAUAUCACGCGGGCUUCCACACAGCCUCUUUCUCAAGUUAUUGGAAAAGAUUUAUCGCAGAUCGUCAUGAGAGUAUUUGUACAUCGAUUCAAAAUUAAGGAAUGAGAUAUGUUCUGUAAAUGUCAAGGACAUCUUUUUCUACUUUAUACAUACAUAAAUACAUAUAUAUUUUGAAUCUCUUUAAAUAUUAUUUUAAAGUGAAAAAUAUCAGAGGAUUUAUAAAACUGUUAUAUAUAAGAGAAUAUUCCAUUUAGAUUAAAACAUCAAUAAAAAAAUGCUUAAAACGUUUGA